UUCUUCAUAUUUACAGGAAUUAUUAAAAAAAAAAACAAUCCAGAUGAGUUCUCAACAAAGUGUGGAUGGUAACCCACCACCCACUAAAAAACUCAGGCCAGAUGCAGGAACAACAGGUGAUACCCCUCCCUUUACAACGGUUACCAUGGCAACCCCUGCGACCUUGAUAUCAACAAAUGUCACGAGUACCAACAAUUUGCAACAGGGCUCAGUGAUUAGUGUCACAUUUUCUAAUGGUGUAUUCAAUGUGAAACCAGCUGAGUUGGACCAGCCCCAAAUUGGCUCUUUGAAGCCAACCCCCGGCCUGCAACCAGGGACUGUAUCUGUAGUCAAGGGUGUUCCCAUGAAUCCUGCUGGCGUCAAAAUCCAGAGCCCAAAUUUGCAACACAGGGGAUCUAAUCCAGUUGCAUUCAUCGCUCAAAAUAUACCUGGUACCCAGGCAGGAGGGGCAUCAAUGACGGUCAAACCUGGGACGAUGGCUAUUCUACCCCAGCAGAAUGUCCCCCUCCAAACCAUUCAUGCCCUGCAGUCAAAAGGCGCUGGGCAAACUAACUUGAUGACGACCCCGGUGCAGCUCCAACAAAACCUCAAAUCUGGUCAGAUAACAUUAGGAUCAGUGACCCUGGCCCAGUAUACACAAGGUUCAGUGACCCAGCCAAGCAAUGUCCUUCAGACCGUUCAAGGUCAAGCAAGGCCUCAGAUGGUGUCUAAAAUACUCCCUCAGCAGAACUUCCAAGUCAAACCUAUCAACGUGGCCAAGAGUCUGAUUCCUAACCAGCAAAUCCACAUUUCCCACAUUCACAAUGUCGCAGGUAAACCUGUUCCCAUGGUUGUCCAGUCUGCUAAUCUUGCUCAACCACAGACACCUGUGACAACGAUGACAGCUUUAAAAAGAUUUCCAGUUCCAGUUUCCUCUAUUAAUCCAAGCAACAAUAUUGCUACAUCUCUACCCACCAAAAUCCGAAUUCAAGGGAGUGUUGCCACAGACACCACAAACUUGGCAAAACUGGACAACAAAGAUGGAAAAUCCACCACAGGGGCCAAACUUUUACCUGCUCAGACCCCCACAACUAAUAUGGGCACACCACAGCAUAAUGGCCUACCAGUGAAGCCCACCGCUGUGAUGACCACAGUGUCACCCACGUCUGUGGCGUCAGCUAUCCCUGUGGUGCAGAAAGGCAGCCAUUUCCAUGUACAGCCCGGGGCAGUAGCUCAGGUAGGAGCUCUCCAGGGCACUGCCAGGCUCGCACAGGUGUUUCCCAGUAAUGCAUUAUCAAAGGUGGGUGUUAUGACUGUGCCAAAUAUGGUUCCUGGUUCCUAUGCUCGUGUCCCUAUUCAAAUGAAUGCUUCUGCCAGUGCUCCUUUAUUGAUGCGGGGUCCUGUUCCAAAUGUGGGGAAAAUGACAGUAUCCUCUCCAAGUGAAACUACCCUAGAGACUGCUACUUCAACUCCAGGGGCAGACCAGGAUGGCCAUGCGGUGGAAACAAAGAAAGUGGACAAAACUGAAAGGAGAGAUGAACUGGAGAGUGUUAAAAAAGAGGAUGAUGAGAAAGUAGCUAAAGAUAACAAUGGUACAGAGUCAAGUGAAAUGAAAAAUGUGCCAAAUUUCCUAGAUGAUGUAGAUUCUUUGAAUGAGAAAAAGUCUUCAAAAAAUGAAUCUCAGGUGAAGUCAAAGAAAAAUUAUACUCAGAAGGAAGAGAAGAAAGAAAAACCAAUGGAACAAGAAGAAAGCAAGGAUUUGCUGCCCCUUACAGUGCAUAAUCUAGAGGAGGAUGUGAAGAAGGAAUCUGAAAAAAAGAACGAAGUAAAAGCAAGUGAAAAGAUUGAUUCCCAUCCAACAGAAAAAGAAAAUUCUUCUCAUGAAAUUAAAAAGGAAUCGAAAAGCAAGGAAAGUGAAAAUUCAGUAGACAAUGGCUCCUUAGAGGAGAAGAAAAAUCCAGAGGGUGAAAGCAAAAAGUCAGAUAAAGCAGGGAGAGAAGAUUUUGAUCCUGUUGGGGCCAUGGACUGGAAGGAUGGAGUUGGAGAAUUGGAAGGCAGCAAUCUGAAGUUCAAAAUGAAUGAGUUUGGAGCAAUAGAGGUUAUCACAGAUAACUUGGAGUGUAACGAGACACUGGACUCCAGCAGUGAGAUGGAUGUGUCAGAGACUAAUGAGAAAGAAUAUGAGCCUGCACCCGGGUGUAGCGGGGACACAGAGGCCAAGUCUGGGGGGAGGAAGAAGGAGGAAAAGUUGCCAGAAGGUGGAGGAGAGGUGAGAGAUGAGGUCUGUCAGUGCAUGAACUGUGGAGAGUUUGGGUUCGCCAGCGAGUUCUGUAAGUCCGGCCGAUUCUGUAGCCAGGCCUGUGCCACAACAUUUACAACCAAAAAAAUGAGAGGGGGAAGAGGGGGUCAUAAUCAUUUUAUGUCCAAGAUGUGGAAGAAGAAAAAGAAGCUGAUGGCAAUGAAGGGAGCAUUGGACGAGGAUGGGGUUCCAAUCAAAACAGGACCAGGAAGGAAACCUAAAUUGCAUAAUUGGGCCUCGUACUUAGAGAGAACAAAGUCACAGGGGGCUCCAUUGAGGUUAUUUAGAGAGCCAUUUCCAGUGCACAAGAAUGGAUUUAAGCUUGGCAUGAAACUAGAAGGAGUAGACCCAAAGCACCAGUCGUUAUUUUGCGUGCUGACUGUGGCAGAAAUCUGUGGUUUCCGGAUUCGGCUUCAUUUUGAUGGGUACUCGGAGUGUUAUGACUUCUGGUCAAAUGCUGACUCCGCUUUCCUGUUCCCUGUAGGCUGGUGUGAAGAAAAUAAUAGGAACCUUCAACCUCCCAAAGGAUUCACAGCAGAGGGAUUUAAUUGGCAAAACUAUCUGAAACUCUCCAAGGCCAUUGCUGCUCCUAGAUCAUUAUUUAACAAUUUACCAAAGGAGCCUGCCACUCCUCACUUGUUUCAACUGGGCAUGAAGCUGGAGUCAGUAGAUAAGAAGAACAGCAAUCUGAUCUGUGCGUCCACGGUGAACGACGUCAUGUCCAACAAAAUCCUGAUCCACUUCGAUGGUUGGGAGGACACUUACGACUACUGGUGUGACAUUACGUCCAUGAAUAUUCACCCUGUUGGUUGGUGCGAGAAAAAUGGAAAAUCACUCUCUCCUCCUGGAGAGUAUGAGAAUGUUCACUUUGAUUGGAAGGAAUACUUAGAAAGGAACAAUGCAGAGGCAGUCCCAGAAAAAGCAUUCAAACCACAGUCUCCUGUGGGUUUUGAGCCUGGAAUGAAGAUUGAAGCAGUGGACAAGAGAAAUCCAAUUCUGAUCCGCGUAGCCACGGUGAUGGAGGUGGACGGACACCUACUGAAGCUCCACUUUGAUGAGUGGGAUGAGUGCUACGACUACUGGGUGGAAGAUGAUUGUCCGGACAUUCAUCCACCUGGAUGGUGUCAUAAGACAGGUCACCCUCUCACUGCUCCUCCAACUCCGACUGAUCUUUUGCGGGGAUCCACUGGUUGCCCUAUUCCUGGUUGCAAGGGCAUAGGUCACAUCAAAGGUGCCAAAUAUACCGGUCAUCAUAGUGCUUUUGGCUGUCCAUACUCUCCCCUGAACAUGAACAGAGAGUCGACCCUACAGGACCGUCUGGGAUCCACCAGGGCCGAAGAAGUGAUCCAAACCCCCACCCCAUCAUCUCCAGUGGACAUCAAGAUGAUCAAGGGGGAACCUCCUGAUUCACCAGAGGCUGUCAAAAAAUGUCCAACACCUGGUUGCGAUGGACAAGGUCAUGUGACCGGGAAGUUUUCAGCCCACCACAAACUGUCUGGAUGUCCUAAAGCUCAGAACAACCAGCUUCAACAGUCAGUCGCAGCAGAGAACAUAGUCCCAAAGAAAUCCACCAGGGGGCGCAAACCUAGGAGUUAUUACCUAAAUAUGGGAGACAGAGGUCCUCCUCCCAAGACUCCAAAACUGAAGAUUAAACACGAGAGAGAAUAUGAUGUCACAAGUCCCCAAGAUAACCUGCAGAAUGGCAUUCACAACUCUGUGUUUAAAUCAGCCAUGGCUACCACCCCUAACCCUGAAGUCUCUCUCUGCUGGGAACGGCACGUCAAACUGCUGCCUGGCAUUCACAGGUUAAAGGGCUCGGAAGUCGCCAAGUGGAACAUCGAACAAGUUGCAGCAUUCGUCAAAACCCUUCCUGGCUGUGAAGAACAUUACAAGACCUUCAAAGAGGAGCAAAUUGAUGGGGAAGCUUUUCUUCUGAUAUCCCAAGCAGACCUUGUGAAGAUUCUGAACAUAAAACUAGGACCAGCAAUCAAGAUAUACAACAGUCUAGCUGUGUUCAAAAGUUCCCUGGAUGUGUGAUAAUCAUAUGAUUGUGAUAAAAGUGAUUACAAUUCAGUCAGAGUGCUCGGAUUUCUUAUUGUAUCAGACUUGUAGAUAUAUCAUCCUUUGUUAUCAAUCAUUGCUACAGCUUUCAUAGUGCUAUAACUGCUACUUGUAUUGUUGAUUGUUAUUGAAUAUUAUCUAUUGAAUUCUUUUUAGAUAGAUUUUACAGUUUUGAAUUAAUUACAGAUGUACAGAUAACUUUAAUCACAUGUAGAUACUUCAAGUUUAAAGAUAUAUAUGUAUAUAACUAGAUUUUUUUUUUCUUUUUUUACAAGGUAAACGGAUCAUGCAUGUAAUGCUUAUUUGUUAUUUCCGCUCGGUGGAAUGAUAUGAUCAGUCGAAAUGUUAUGUCUCUUUUUAAUUAUCUUCUGCACAUAUAAAAAGAUCUCUGCAUUCAACAGAUACAGUAUAUUCAUGUAUGUGGCAGUGAGAGUUGUGACGGGUUUCAAUUCAUUUAUUUAUACCACAUUUUGAGAAAUUGUAGUCCAGUGUUCACCAGUUCAUGACAUCAACUAUUUAUAGAAAUCAACUUAGAGAUAAAACAGAUUUGAAUUCACAUGCCCUCAGAUUGCUUGGAUACAGUCGACAUUAAAAUAGAAUUUGAAUUCAAUUGAUCUGAGAGCCCACUCUAGAAACUGUUUCGGGAUAUACUUAAUGUCUUUAUUAAUGAUAUUUAUACCACAUAUAUUUUUGAUUUUUUUCUUGAUGAUUAUCUUAUUAGAAUAAAUGAGGGUUUGAUUUUGUGGUUGUAAAGUGGAGUUUAAGGUGUAGCACUUAAUCACAUUGAUUAUAUACUUUACAUAAAAAAAAUUUUUGUGUAAUCUGAUCAGCUUAUGCAGCAUGUGCUUAAAACAAGAUAACCUUUAUUUCUUCAUUUGCUUGUUCCAAUAGUUUGAGGAAUGGGGUAUGAAAGUUUAAUGUUCUGAACAAAACAUGGUUGUGCAAUCCUAGCUGUACUGAUAGUGCAAAUUAAACAAGAGGACGUUUUUGACUUUAUGUACAUGUUAUUCAAGUGAGAUUCUUACAAGGCUGGAAUAUUCAGGCAAGCCUACCGUUGCAGAAAUGAGGCUUUUUAAGAUUUUGUUAAAUUGCUAUGAAGUUUUACAAAUGCAGUGAUGAGAUGGUAUCCAUCUUGUAAUGGGUGACUCAGUAUAUGUAUCAUGUGUAUGAAAUAAACCGGUAUCAAACAGACUGGUUUACUAGUACUGUAAUAAAUUACAAGUUUAAGGAGAAGUGCAGCUAACUCUUUAAAUAUUGAUUUGUAUGUGAGAGCCAAAAAACAAACUAGGCCCAUUUUUCACCAUAUAUUUGAGGCUGCAACAUGUCUGACCAAAUUGUUUUGAGUUGAUUACUGUGAAUGUGAAGUGUGAAGGUCAUGUAUAAUUGUUUUCCAUUCCAUGAAACUGCUCAUUAAAUGUAUCAUGCUGUUACAAUUAAAUUGCUAUACAGUG